AUGCUGCAGAUAAAGCGUCUGAAUAUUGGCGGCCAGCAGCCGGUCCACUAUGCUAGCCGGGACCCGCCCAAUAAACCGGUUGUUGUUCAGGUACAGAUUCUCGACCGUCGAGAACAUUGGAGAUAUCUCUCCGGAAAGCCUGUUGUAGCUCAGAUCGACGGUCGGGAUGGACACCUGGCCGGCCGGCUGAACCGGGCCGGAAAACUGGUUUCUCUGCAGCUGGAGGUUGUUGAUGGGGAAAGUAAAGAGAUAUAUCGGGAUUGGGCCGGUGAACCGGUUCAUACUCAGAUCUAUGUAGUUCAGCUGGGUCAGACCGGACAAGGCCUGGCCCAAUGGGCCGGUCAGGAGAUACUGAACCGACGGAGGGAGCCCGGGAACCGGAAGCGAACCGGAGAGAUUGUUGUGCUUCAGCUCGAGCCGGGUCAGGGUUUGCGAAGCAAACGGCGGGACCCGGCCGGUGAGGUGGUUGUGGCUGAGAACGACCGCCGGCAAACUUCCGACGGAAAUCGGGAUGGCGCCGGUGAACUGGUUGAAGCUCAGGUCGAGGGUUUGAAGCCCCCGGAGCUCGCCCAAACCGGACGGGAUCUCGCCGGAGAUGAAGUUUCGACUGACGGCGAGAAACCUCAAGAGCUUGAGCUGGGAAAUGGUUUCGGGCAGGGGACCCGUGACCCGGCCGGGGACGAUAGUUAG